AUGGAAACAAACAUUUCGGAUGACAAACUGAAGUACUACCAAUUCCCAGGUUAUACCCUGUACCUGCGACCUAAAUACCGGCAAGUUGCAAGUGGAAUUCUAACUGGAGUAAAAGAAGGCCUCACCUCACACUACGAUCUAAUCAAGAAAUGUCAAAACCACCUCAAGAUAUAUGCUGUCUAUAAUCCACCCCAGAAUUGUCCCAAAUUUGACUUUCUGAACACCUCACACAAAACUGUAGUAGUAGGAGACUUCAACGCCCAUUCCACCAGAUGGGGCUACGAGGAUACAAACAUUGCUGGAAAGGAAAUCGAAGACAUGCUAAACAGCAACCCUCUGGAACUUAUCUACAGCAAUGAGGAUCCGGCUACAUAUUUGCACUACAAUGGAACCAGAACAACUCCUGACUUACUCCUGGCUUCAAGCGACAUCAGUGAGCAUACACGCCGCAAAAUAAUUGACGAUUCUGGUUCUGGUCACAAACCGGUCAUUGCUAAGAAUGAACUUCAAACAAGUCCCCACAACUUUAACCAACAUCCUCACAAACUUUGCAAUGAUAUCACAAAUAUUAUGAUCAGAUGUGCAAAGAAAACUAUUCCCAGAGGUGAGACUAAACACUAUCGUGUGUUUUGGACUAAACAACUUGAGGAACUGAAAAGAAAGAGGGACGCUCUUCGCAACACUGCUGAUCAGACUGGAAGAACGGAAGACGUAAAAGCCUGGAGACGACAAUCAGAUGUCCUAAGGUAA